UUCAGAGAUCUUGACACUAAACAUUGGAAUCCUCACAAGAACCCCUGUUCUUACAGAUUCUGCGUUUUAAUGUGACACUCCUUCGUGGUUUUUGACAUUGUAGGGUAUAUCUGGUGUGAGCCUGACCAGUUAUCAGGUGGAGAUUCUGGGGAAUAUGGCCUGCACACUGGACCCCUCCUACAUCCAGAACUCUCACCCUCUCAUUUUGGAGAAACUGAAGAACUGUGGAGAUCUUUCUGAUUCUCAGAUCACUGCUGUACAGUCUUUGCUCCUCAGUGGGAACACCGCUUAUGGUAAUCCCUCAACGUGGAAUGAGCAGACCGUGGAGCAACUCAGCAUCCUGGCUGUCUAUUUCAAAUCAGACCUCUGCAACACACUUAGCUUUAAUGUAAGGAGGAAGUUCUUUUCAGUCCUGAGGAAGCAGAAGAUCCCGAUGAAGAAGCUAAGGACAUUCUUUACAGAAUGCAACUCAGAAAGCGCUACAGUGAGCAACAUCACAGCGGUGACAAUUGCAGAUGCGUCGUUUCCUUUCGGCUUUAACUCCACCCAGUUUGAUCUGUAUCUGGACAUCGCUGUCCUGCAGAACAACCUGGCAGCCAUCACUGAGAAAGUGGUGGACACCAGCUUCCAGACCGUCAUUCUGAACAAGUUAAACCAGAUUUACCCAUCAGGCCUUAAUGAUGGUGUGCUGCAGCUACUGGGUUCCGCUUCUCGUGUGGCAACAACUGAUGACAUUAGCAAGUGGAACAUUACCAUAAUUGACACACUGUCCUCUUUGAUGGACUCAAAUGGUGGACUCUGGGAACCAGAAAAGAGUAAAGCGGUGAUUAUGAGGUAUCUGAGCAUGGGGAAUCCCUCUCUGGGAAGUACCGAAAUAAAUGUAGUUGGUUCCAACAUCUGUACUUUAGACAUCAGUGUACUGGAAAGUAUCACUGCUGAGAGUCUGAAGGCAGUCCUGUCUCCAGAUCUGUCCUCAUGUUCCAUUGAGCAGAAAUCUGCUCUGUACAUCAUCGCCAACUCUUCAUUCAGCAAUCAACGCAGCAAUGCCAAAACCUACUACCAACUCAUGAGUCCUUACCUGGGUGGAGCUCCACUGGAGGACAUACAAGCCCUUUCAACUCAUAACAUCAGCAUGGACAUCACCGUGUUCACUAGUCUGAGCUCUGCUGUUCUUAAGGCCCUGAAUGUGAUGACAGCGCAAGCUCUAAUGGGGGUAAAUGUGGCUGACUUGAAGCUGUUUGAGCACUCUUCAGUGGUUCAGUCCUGGGUGUCACAACAGAACCAGUCUGAUUUAGAUAUGCUGAAUAUUGGCAUCAUCAAAACCAACAGCAAUAAUUAUACUGCCAUCAUCAGUACAGCCACUCCUAGUACCAGAACAGCUACUGACACUGCCAUAUCUAGUGUCACCAAUUUUACUACAAUGACUACAAUUAUCAACAUACCUGCCACUACCAACACCAAACUCACCACCACUGCUUUCCCCACUACAAGUUUCAAAAUCACCCCUUCUAUUGGAACAAAUGUCAACACGCCUGCCACUACCAAUACCAUCCUAACCACUACUGCAUCCCCCACUAAAGGUUUUGAAAUCAGCACUUCUGUGGGAACAAAUGUCAACACGCCUGCCACUACCAAUACCAGCCUAACCACCACUGCAUCCCCCACCACAAGAUUUGAAAUCACCCCUUCUAUUGGAACGAAUGUCAACACGCUUGCCAAUACCAAUGCCAGCCUAACCACCACUCACUACUCUUGGAACAACUGUCAACACGCCUGCGACUACCAAUACCAGCCUAACCACCACUACAUCUGCCACUACAAGUUUUGA